UCGAGCUUAUUUGAUCGAUAUCUGGGUCUCUCGCGCUCUCGUCCCCCUUCGGACACUGUUGUUCGUGGAAGCAUGGGAUUUGCUUCCGUAUUCUCCAAUGGCGUCCAAACUCCUCUAAAAUUCGAGUCAUGCUUCCUUAGGGUUUCACCAUUCUCUCCCACCCCUCAAGCUCCCAGACGAACCAGGCUUGGCUUUACCCAGCCUCACACCACUCUUUUUUCAGCUGGUCACAGUCGUGGUGCUAAAUAUUCUCAAAUUGCCCGAUCGAAUAGAACGGAACAGGACGACGGGUUGUCUACCUCAGAGGGUCAGAGGACAGGUUCUCAGUCGUAUGAUGACAGUGGCCUUGUUGAUGCCUCUCACACUAUCCCUUUGGUUGAUAAUCUAGAUGGAAAAAAAUCUCAUGAUCCUGGAAGUUACAACUCCUCAGUUAGAGCUGUUGCUUUGUGGGUGUGCAUUGCUGUGGUGUUUGGCAUUGGCGUGGGUUUUAAAGAUGGAGUUGGCCGCGCAUCAGAGUUUUUUGCUGGGUACUUGCUGGAGCAGAGUUUAUCAGUGGACAAUCUAUUUGUCUUUGUUUUGAUUUUCAAAUACUUCAAAGUGCCAAUCAUGUAUCAGAGUCGAGUGCUUUCGUAUGGUAUUGCUGGUGCAGUAAUCUUUCGUUUGUCUGUGAUACUUCUUGGAACAGCAACCCUUCAGAGGUUUGAAGCUGUAAAUCUACUACUUGCUGUAGUACUUUUAUACUCGUCAUUGAAGUUAUUUGCCGAUGAGGAGGAAGACACUGAUCUAUCCAACAACUUUCUUGUGAAGACAUGCCAGAAAUUCAUCCCUGUCACAUCUAAUUAUGAUGGCAAUCGUUUCAUAACACUUCAGGAUGGUGUGUGGAAAGCCACACCUUUACUUCUCACAGUAGCAGUUGUUGAGCUCAGUGAUAUUGCAUUUGCUGUUGAUUCAAUACCUGCUGUUUUUGGUGUAACAAGAGAUCCUUUCAUUGUUUUUACAUCAAACCUCUUUGCCAUCUUAGGUUUAAGGUCAUUAUACUCGCUGGUUUCUGAAAGCAUGUCUGAUUUGGAGUAUCUACAGCCAUCCAUUGGUGUUGUUCUGGGUUUUAUUGGUUUUAAGAUGAUCCUAGAUUAUUUUGGGUACCAUGUAUCAACUGAAGUCUCCCUAGGUUUUGUAGCUGUAAGUCUCAGCACAGGCGUUCUGUUGAGUCUAAUGAAAAAAUCUGAUUAGCUUCAGAAACAAUCUGAGCAUGGGCAGUUAUUGCAGUGAACUUGAUGCAAGAAUAAUCCUUCCUGAAUUUGCUUUCUCAAUACUUUGAUAUGGCGAAGACUGCUGCAGAAAGUGGAUACUUCACUCUUUCAUGCUUCCCCAACUACAACUAAAUCAUUGGGCAUGACUAAUUCACAGGGCGCAUCUAGCCCUAUAGUUUCCUGUCAGCGUCACUACAUUUUCUUUAUCCAUUCUGUACGAAGGGCACUUAAUUAUAUUUGGAGAUGGAGACGACAUCCCACAGAGGCCUCCUUUGGUUGUCAAGUAGGAGAAGAGAAAAAGCGAGAAGCGAGGAGACUGGGGGUGCGGAAUUGAACUUUAUUGUAGGAUUUGAGUUUCUUUGCUUGCUUAUUUUGCAAUGAGGUGGAAUGACAUGAUUGUUGGAUCUAGAUUUAUACUGUACUUGGAUAAGAUAUAAUAUAAAAUUAUAUUGAAAUUUAUCUAAA